AUGCGAGUGGUGCAACUCUUUUAUCUGGCGGCAAAUCGUGACUGUCUCUUCGAGCGAGUCUAUCCGAUCUCUCCAAAGGCGGCGGACAAUCUGAUCAGCUCCGGCCAAGCACAAUUGAGCCGAUUUAGCCAGCUUUGUCCGGUCACUCUGUACCAGCACACCGAUGCCUAUUCUCUGACGACACCGACCGGACGGUUGGAGACGACGUUGGCAAGU